AGCAGUCUCUCAUUUAAAGAAGUCUGUUAAGGUCUGAGAACCAGAUGGAGAUGAUGAUGAUGAUGGAGAUGAACAAGCUUCUUCCAGUAUUCAGUGAGGCCUACAACAGCGCUGCUGAAUUGCCACCGCUGGAACAGUUUUCUGGUGCGAGCAGCGGCAAUAAAGUUGGUGCCAUGCCGCAGUACAUAGAUAUUGAACCCCAUAUGGCUCCUCCCUCGUUCGUAAACCUCCCAUCCAGUACUGUUUCAUUCUCUAACACUAACCCGAUUCAUCAUGAGUCAUCAGAACCAGUAUCUUUCUUAUCCAGCACCUCCGUUGGGAAGUGGAGAGGUGAUUUAUCUGGUGCAGGUUCGUUUUCUGCACCUUCCCAGAAGCGGAAUUCCAUGGCUGCAAUGAGGGAAAUGAUCUUCCGGAUUGCCGCCAUGCAGCCAAUCCACAUAGACCCGGAGUCGGUGAAGCCUCCCAAGAGAAGGAACGUGAAGAUAUCGAAGGAUCCUCAGAGCGUGGCCGCGCGCCAUAGGAGAGAGAGAAUAAGUGAGAGGAUAAGGAUUCUCCAGAGACUUGUCCCAGGAGGGACCAAAAUGGACACUGCCUCCAUGUUGGAUGAAGCAAUUCACUAUGUGAAGUUCUUGAAAACCCAGGUGCAAUCCCUGGAACGAGCCGCGGCUAAUCGGCCAACUGGGAUAGGGUUCCAGGUGGCCAUGUCCAGUGGGAGUUACCUCCCGGCCAUGGCUAAGGCUUUUCAGGCUCCUCCUCAAAAUGUGCAGCCUUUCGAAGAUGCUAAUUAAUUAAUUAGCUGAUCAAGAAGACAACUUGGUUUCAGUAUAUAUGAAAUGCAUUUUGUCGAAUGAUGCUGAACAUUUGUGGAGGUUGUAACUCUUGUAAAGAGGCCAUGCAAGCUAGCUAGGUUCAUAGAAUCAUAUUCUCUCUAUCUUUUAGGCUUGUAUCCCAUGCUACA